AAUUUCCUUCAAAUACGUUUUACCAACACUAUUCAUACCUUACAUAAGAGGAAGUUCUCAACACCAUUUUCUGUCAACUGCUUCGUGUCGUGAAAAAAUUUGUUUUGUGCGCGGUACGGAUUUCAAUUUACGAAGAUGAUGAUGCAGCGAGCUAACCUUUUGGUCCCCGUAGCCAUUGAGGCGACCUUACAGUCGCAGCCGCAACGGGGUAUGGCUACUCUAAAAGCCAUUUCGAUCCGUUUGAAGUCGGUGAAGAACAUUCAAAAAAUUACGCAAUCCAUGAAGAUGGUGUCGGCCGCUAAAUAUUCGCGUGCUGAGCGUGACUUAAAGGCUGCUCGCCCUUAUGGUAUUGGUGCACAACAAUUCUUCGAGAAAACUGAAAUCCAAUCCGACGAAAAGGCCGAACCAAAGAAGUUGUUGAUUGCCAUGACCUCUGACCGUGGUCUAUGCGGUGCUGUGCACACCGGUGUUGCUCGCCACAUCCGUAACGAAUUGGCCAGUGGUGAAGCCAACACGAAGAUAUUCUGCGUAGGCGACAAGUCGCGUUCCAUUUUGGCACGUACUUUUGGCAAGAACAUCUUGAUGGUAGCUAACGAAGUUGGCCGUCUACCCCCUACCUUCCUGGAUGCCUCUAAAAUUGCUCAUGAGGUGCUAAAGACAGGUUAUGACUUCACCGAAGGUCAAAUCAUCUACAACAAAUUUAAAUCGGUGGUAUCAUAUCAGUUGUCUACGCUGCCAGUGUUUAGUGCACCAACCGUAGAGAAAUCGGAAAAGUUAGCACUUUAUGAUUCCCUCGACAGUGAUAUUGUACAGAGCUACUUGGAAUAUUCACUGGCGUCGCUAAUAUUUUUCACCAUGAAGGAAGGUGCUUGCUCCGAGCAAUCUUCCCGUAUGACUGCCAUGGACAACGCGUCCAAGAACGCUGGUGAAAUGAUUGAGAAACUUACACUCACAUUUAACCGUACCAGACAGGCUGUUAUCACUCGCGAGUUGAUUGAAAUCAUCUCUGGAGCUGCCGCUUUGAAUUAAGUGCGAACGAUUUCAAAUGCAUUAAAAAAAGAUUCUGCAAAGAAGAAAGAAAGUGUUUUUAAGUACAUAAAGAUACGGAAGUUGAAAGAAAUUAUAAAUAAAUAAAAAAUUACGAUAAACUUUGA